GUGUGAGUCACUCGCGCAGGCGCAGUGCUUUUUCCCUGCAUCGCUCUGCAGCAUCAGCACCAGGGUGAGAAUCACCUUCAGCGGCCGCAGCACUGCAUCCCCCCCCUUACCCUGUUACCCAGCACCGCCAGCGGGGAACAAAACAAAACAAAAAUAAAUAAUAAUAAUAUUAAUAAUAAUAGCAAUAAAGACCGAGAGACACACGAUCGAGCGAGCGCCGGCCAGACCCUCACCACCAGAGAACGACCUGCUGCCGGGCGUCUGUCACCAUGAAGGACCGCACACAGGAGCUGAGAAGCGCUAAAGACAGCGAUGAUGAUGAAGAGGUGGUCCACGUGGACAGAGAUCAUUUUAUGGAUGAAUUCUUCGAACAGGUGGAGGAGAUCAGAGGAUGCAUAGAGAAACUGUGUGAAGAUGUGGAACAGGUCAAGAAACAGCACAGUGCUAUCCUAGCAGCACCCAACCCGGACGAGAAAACCAAACAAGAACUGGAGGAUCUCACUGCAGACAUCAAGAAGACUGCAAAUAAAGUGAGGACUAAAUUAAAAGCGAUCGAACAGAGCAUAGAACAAGAAGAAGGGCUAAACAGAUCUUCAGCAGAUUUACGAAUUCGAAAGACGCAGCACUCCACUCUGUCUCGCAAGUUCGUGGAAGUCAUGACUGAAUACAACACCACACAGUCCAAGUACAGAGACCGCUGCAAAGACCGGAUCCAAAGGCAGCUGGAGAUUACUGGGAGGACAACCACCAAUGAAGAGUUAGAAGACAUGUUGGAAAGUGGCAAGCUUGCCAUCUUCACUGAUGAUAUCAAAAUGGACUCCCAGAUGACAAAGCAGGCCCUGAACGAGAUCGAGACCCGACACACCGAGAUCAUCAAGCUGGAGAACAGCAUCCGCGAGCUGCAUGACAUGUUCGUGGACAUGGCCAUGCUGGUGGAGAGCCAGGGGGAGAUGAUUGACAGAAUCGAGUACAACGUGGAUCACUCGGUGGACUUCGUGGAGCGGGCCGUUUCCGACACCAAGAAAGCUGUGAAAUACCAGAGCAAAGCGAGGAGGAAGAAGAUCAUGAUAAUAAUCUGCUGUGUGGUCCUAGGAGUUGUCCUAGCAUCGACUAUCGGAGGCACGUUGGGAUUUUAGGAAAAAUGCAAACAAACAAAAAAAUCCUGAAAUUCACCAACAGGGGGCGGAAAAACCCCACAGAAUCAAAAA